GGCGUCUGGGAUGCGGUUCGAACAGCCCUCGUCUUCGUACUCUUAGAGUGGUUUAAAACGAUUCGGUAGGUUUCAGUUAUAGAAAGCCGUGGUACAACCAUCAUGGGCCCGUUUGUUCCUAGAGACGAGCAGGUGGGCGGUUUUGGAGUAACGAAGAUGGGCGGUCUUCUUGACCAGUGCGUACGUGGUCCGCUAACUCGUCGCGAUCCACUCCACCAAUCAGUAAAACCCGUUGCCGUUCCCUCACCUCACACCACACGAGAGAACGGGAUUUUGUGAGAUCUGGGACGGCUGGGACGGCUGGGACGGCAGGGACGGGCGAGACGGGCGAGACGGGCGAGACGGGCGAGACGCGAGGCGGCCACCGAGGGGCGGCGUCAACUUGAAGUGAGUGGUCAACAGACAUUUGCGUCUCCCGUCCACGCAAUCCGCACACCAGGCGUUUCUGGCCACACAUGAGGUGCUCCACCCGGUUCCACGUGAGUGACCAACCAGUAAGUAGUACUUAGUAUUCAAUCUUUACGGUGUAAUUCGAUGAGACAGCAGUUGGCAGCGAACAUCCCUCACUAGUAGAACUCGAACUUCCAGCCAUCGAAAGCUGCAACUUGCUCUGACGAUCGUCAUGAUGAGGGCGAUUUAUGAGAAUUCUAAAAAAUCACCCACACGCCACCGUGGCCGCUACGGCGUUUCGCCCGCAACCAGCGCAUGCCUUCUCCUUCUCCUAACUCUCACGUCCAAUGCUCUCACCCAUUCUGCGGCCUCCGCAGAAGGCGGCGCAGAAGACGGCGCAGAAGACGGCGCUGCGAUUCCGACCGUUCCCGAGCUGACCUCCUAUUCCAGCGUGGCGCUAUUGGAUCCGCGCUUCGAGCUCUUCUGGUCCGUCAACAGCAGCGACGCGACCAUCCACGUGGCGGCUAGAGCGCAAACGGCGGGAUGGCUCGCUAUAGGCAUCUCCGAGAUUGGAUCCAUGGUUGGAUCAGACGCGCUUGUGGCUUGGGUGGCGGAGACCGAAGGUCGCGUGUAUGCGACGGACCGAUUCAUCUUCGACAAGUCCGGCCCAGCAUUGGACGCCCAGCAGGACUGGCACGUGCUGGGCGGCAGCCAGGCCACCAACCAAUCCACGGGCGACACGUGGACCACGGUGCACGCGUGGCGCAAGCUGGACACGGGAGACUGCAACGACCGUCCGAUCGUGCCGGGGAAGCUUCAUAACCUCAUCUGGGCCAUUGGUUCCACGGAUGACGUCAGCUACCAUGGGUCCACCCGUGGGGGGUCCUCCCUUUUGCUCGCUCCUGCUCCCGGCCCCUCGAUUCUCUCCCCCCCGCCUCCCUCCUCGUCUUCUUCUGCGGCGGCAAUUGCAGCUGAGGCUGAUGCUGCUGGGAGGAGGCCGAGAAGUCAGGGGGUUUUGGCUGGACCUCAGCAGCAGCAGCAGCAGGAGAGCAUGCUCAAAUUCACAGUCUCGGGUUACCGCGUGCCGACAAAUCACACCACAUACCAGUGCAAGGUGGUGGACGUGCCUCUGAAGGUCAAGACCCAUGCGGUUGAGUGGGGCGCCGUGCUCAACUCUACCCACAUCUCAGCCGUCCAUCAUGCCUUCCUCUACGGCUGCAAACCGGAAGAGUACGCCAGUCUCCCCCCCGUCGGUCUCGGCUUUGACUGCAUGUACAAGACGCCCUGCAGCACCUUUGUGGCCGUGUGGGCGUGGGGGGGCCGGCCAUUCACAUUCCCCGACAAUGUCGGCUACCCCAUCGGUCCAAGCUACUUCACCAAGUUCGUGCUGGAGAUGCACUACACUAACCCCGAGGCUAUUGAUGACAUCAUCGACAGCUCCGGCAUUUAUCUGAAGCUGGCGCCGGCCCCCACCCUGAUGGACGCGUCCAUUAUGAAAGUCGGCCUCGUGGACCAUCGCGCACUCAUCCGCAUCCCCCCCGGCAUGCCGUCUUGGACGCAAGCAGGCUCUUGCCCCAGCGAGUGCACUGCCUCGGUGUUCAAGAAUGAAAGUGUGAAGCUGAUCGGGUCGAUACUGCACCAACAUAAUAUUGGGAGACAGAUGUACACUGAGGUGAUCAGGGGCGGCAGCGAGGUCGCCACCAUCAACCGCAUUGAUUACUACGACUUUGCAUCCCAGCAGACUGUGCCCGUGCUCCCUGAGUUCGAGCUCCUGCCCGGCGACGAGCUGCGCACCACGUGCGUGUGGGACUCCACCGCCCGUGAAACGGAGACGAAGGGCGGUCUGGCUGCUGAGGAUGAGAUGUGCGUUGACUACCUCGUGUACUACCCGGCUAGACACGGCCAAGACAUGCAUUCAUGCUACGAGGUCUGUGCCUCAGACAACAACGGCACUCUCACCAUGGACCCCACCAGCCCCAACCUCUCCACCUUCCACGUCUGUGGCUCGGGCAGCAACAGCCUCAUUCCCUCCAACCAGCGGUGCACGAUCGACUUUGGGGCAAAUAAGCCCCUGUCUGUCGUCAACGGCUGCCCCACACAGACCCAGGCGUCGCUGGCAGGCAUUCCACCUGAGGCCAUAUCUGCACCGCUGGACUCCCCCCCUCCUUCCCCACCUGCUGCUGCCCUCUCUCCUCCUGCCCCUGCCUCCCCAUCUCCCCCCACUGCCCUCCCCUCCCCUCCUGCAAAUUCACCUGCCACCACCAUUUCUCCUCCUGCCACUGCCCUCUCUGUUCCUGCUGCUGCUGCUGCUGCUGCUUCACCCCCCGAUGCCACUGGGAAGGCUGCCCCAGCAACAGUCAGCAAUGUCCUCACUACAGCGGUUAUGGCUUUGCUGUACUCCUUCCUCGCCCUUCUCUUCUAAAUGGAGGCCCAUGCGCCCAAAAUGAGUGUACCAUGUACGGUAGAUUAUUCCAAGUGGUGUAAUUUCUAUUUAUUAUGAUUAUUUCAUACUACUGGCAGGCCUGAUUUUAUCAGACUAUUUUAGUCUGAUUGUCUGAAAUUUCAGACCUAUUUUUUUUGCCGAUCCUGAUUUUUCAGACUUGCCAAUUUCUGA